AUGGUCUUAAUUGCUCGUCUGUUAGUCCUGUUUAAUGUCAUUUUGGCCGACAACUUUAUCCAGCAAAGUGAGUCAUCAAGCUUUUACUAUGUGAAUACAAACUGGUGUUUACAGUAGUUAUUGCACUAAUACCUACCGUACCUUUAUAAGCGUUUAGUAGUUUAUUGAGUUAUGUAAUUGUAUAAUUCACUUAACUACCGUAAAAUCACAUGUUUUAUUCCUGUAAAAUAAUACUUUUAGGAAUAAAGUGUUAUGGAGGUAACACGCCUGAUGGUACCGGCUGCUGGAUAGUACCAAACGAGUGUUACACGACCGAUCAGACAUGUUUGAGUGCUGUGAACUGGGUGGUAGAUGCUUCUACAAUACAAUUCUCUUUCUUGGUCUACAACUUUGACCUGACCAAGUAUUUGAGUACGUACGGAGCGUACUAUGUUGCUCUAGGGCUGUCGCUGGACCAAAAGAUGGGCAGUGAUACGGUAUUUGUUUGUGUGACAAACUCUAUGGGUAAUAGUACAGUAUAUCUCGGUUGGAAUGAUGGUACUCACAACUACCGAUUGUACAGGGUAAGGUUGUUUUACUACGUAUUUCUUAGAAUGUUUUACAAAUUAUUUUUGUUUUACUGUAACUUAGGUAAUGUGUGGUUCUAAUUAUAGGAGACAGAGUUGUUACUAUCGAAUACGGCAGCUUCUGUAGGUGACAAGAUAACGUGCCAAUGGAGUUGGAAUGUAGAAGCGUACGAUCAACUGUCGUCUGACUCUCAGAAUAAGGUCUUUGACCUCAGCGAUCCUGAUCUCGAGUUUUACUUUCUGUUGGCUCGAGGACCUGCUGAUCCUUACAGUAAGUUUAUUGUAUUUACUUUAAUUUUUUAAUAUAUUGUACUUUUGUAACUUGUUAUGACACAGCAAAUUUGUGUUUUAUAAUAUAUCCUACUUUAUCAAGGUAUUUUGUAUCAUUUUCAAAGUUACAUCACUCAUGUUUCAGCGUUCGACAUCAAAAUGCACGCCAUAUCUCCAGGAAAUCUUUAUCCGUUUAUGAGCACGGAGACUACGACCUUCUGUAACCCAUCGUGCAACGACAGAAGCUACGAUUGGCUGACGGACUUCACUCAAGACAACGACAUGUCUCAGUUGACGAAGCAGAAGAUGAUCACGACACACGUUAUUCUGAUGCUGAUCCUACUGUUUGUUGUACUGCCGACGAGUAUCAUGAUAGCACGGUUUGGGAAGGAUUACCUGGCCAGGUGCUGUCACAGUUUUGUAUGGUUUCAGAUGCACAGGAUUCUGAAUACUUUUGGGUUUGUGUUGUUUGUUGUAGCCAUCUUCCUGAUCUUCUACCAGUCCGACAGAAAUCUCUUUCAAUGCACUCUGACAUGUGCUACAGAUGUAAGUAAAACGAGUUUCUCUGGGGUAGAGGCAGUGUAAAUGUAAAGAAAGUUCCUUUUAUAUGGCAAGUUUUGAUACCGUAGUAUUGUGUACUGUAAAAACAUUAUUUCAUUCACUUUUUGAAGUAUUAUUUUUCAGACGUUAAUUAUUUCAACAAAAAACAUGAAUAUGAUAUAAAAAUAUGUUUUAGGCUUACAAUCAGCAGCUACACACUAUUAUGGGCACAAUAAUGGGUUCUUUGGUCGUAUGUCAGAUCUUUGGCGGCUACUGUAGGCCUUCAGUGUCGGCCGUCUCACGGAAAGCCUGGAAUCUGCUGCACACUUUUACUGGUUAUAUCAUUUACAUUGGCUUUUGUAGGUUUGAUUAUACGUUUUGUGCUUUCGUUCAUUAUAUAACAAUUGUACUUAUGUCAGGGUAGUUUUCAUUCUAAGCAUGAAAUGGUACUUGAACUACAUAUAACUUUAUCUUCAAGAUUAUUUAAUAGCCAAGCAAAAUAUAUAUUUUAGGUGUGAAUGCCUUGGUUGGCGUUCAGCUACAGAAGAUCAGCUUGACCGAGUUGUACGGUAGACUGCCAGUGUACAUCUUGAUUGUAGGUAUAGGUGUGACCAUCCUCGUCUUUAUAUGUUGCGAAUGGAUCGUCCACUCGGAGAAGUUCAUAGCUCGAGAUCCGGACAGAAUCGAGCGGUUCUACAACCCGGCUGACGAUACGAUGGACGAGAUACCACAACAGGUAUGUAUGCUUAUUCUUGAAGACUUUACGUAUGAAUUCUUUUAAAUCAUAAAGUGUAUAUUUGUGGUAAUGGGCAUGUUGGGUAUAAAUUAACAUACAUAUGUACAAUAUUAUACCUUCUUACCGUAUUUUUGUUUGCAGAACGUUUCAAAAGCACCGAUCAUAUUGAUCUUGUUCAACUUGAUUACAGGCCUAAUGGUAGCCUUGUCUCUUACUAUCAUGGUGGUUAAAGCAUCAAGACUACGUGGCUUUAAACUGUAA